AUGGGCUCGCUGCCCAACCUGCACGAGCUGUGCAAACAGCAACAGCAACCGCAGCAACCGGUGUGCGCGCCCGCGGCCCCGAGAUUGUCGCCUUGUCCAGACCGCGGCGGUGGCGGCACCAGCCGCGCUCAGCACAGGCGGCUCCAGCAGACCAACAGCCUGUGCACCAACAACUUUUACGGCGUCAUCGGCGGCGACACGCAGAUCGACGAGAAACCGUUUUCACCGACGUCGCUCAGGUCGACGCUGUCCACUACACAACGUCAGGUGAACGCCGUCAACACAUCUUCGACGAGCGGCAAGAGACGCGACUCGCUGUCCAGUUCGGCUGGUGCCUCGUCGGUGCGCCGGCUAAUCGAAGUGGUCCGAACUACCCCAUCCAACAUGGGACCAGUGUACAGUCGGAGGCUGUUGUGCCGUAACUACGUCACGCUGUGCCUUGGACACGGCGCGGCCGCCGCCGCUUUGGUUCCAUUUAUGGCACUGCAGGGUUCCAUAUCCGCUUGGUGGUGGCCGGACAAUUUGAAGCAGAAUGGUGGAUUUACCACUGUUACCACGGACAUUGGCUCUGUCCUGCUGUCCGCAAUGUUUGGCAUGGCAGCGAUGAGCGCGCUACUUGGGCCGACGGCUGUCCACCGACUGGGCACCAGGACAUGUCUGGUGGCCGGUUACCUGGUGUCCGUCGCGUUCGUCACCGUACACUUGUAUCCAAAGGUGACGGUACUGGCGCCCGGUUACUUCCUGAUGGGUGCAUGGUUAGGAUGCUGGACGGCGUCCCGGACCGCAGUCCUCAUGGCGCUCGCAUCUAAAAUGGCGUACGUACUGUCCGAUCGAGAAGAGUUCGAACUCGAGGGCAACGGUCGGCGGGAGGCGGUGGCAAGGAAUUUGGCCAGAGGACUCCAGGUGGCGCACGAUGUGGGAUUGAUUGCUGGAAAUGCGUUCGUCGCAUAUAUGAUAAGUGGCACGCGGGCAGACGACAUCCUCGGGACGAUGUUCGCCAGGGACGAUGGACCUGGAACAGAUCGCACUUGUGGUAGCGUCGCCUGUCCGCUGGUAAACACAGUGGAAAUCAAACUCGGGACCGCCGCAAAUUUUUCGUCCAACCAGACGAUCGCAUUGGUUGACGUCCGCAAUCACAUGGUUUUGCCGUGCAAAACCACGCAGCUGUUGGCCAGUGUGUUCGCUGGAUGUUGUUUUGUCGGCGUGGCUGUCACCGCGACUUUCAUGACCCGCAUUAGACUAUUCGUGUACGCGUCCGCGUCUGAGAAACGAAAAUCGGAUAGCGCUCGGUCGUUUACGGCCGUCCGCGAUGCAUUCCGCAACACCAAACUUCAGCUCAUAGCCCCGCUGUCGCUGUUCAUUGGACUCGAACAAGGAUUUAUCUAUUCCGAUUUCUCCAAGUUUUACGUCGUGUGUUCCGUGGGUGUGUCCAAUGUGCCCACAGUUCUGCUGAGCUUGGGACUGCUUCAACUGGUAGCUGGUUUUACCGUGAGCCUGAUCCUGCAGCACAUCCGCCGGUACCAUAUAAUAGUGAUUGGGUUCGCGUUUCAUUCGUGUUUGCUAAUGGUGUUGAUGAAGUGGAAACCGUCCGGCGACGAUGCUGCGCUACUGUACGUCAUAGCAGCCGCCUGGGGCGUGUGCAAUGCCAUUUGGAACACACUGUGUUUUAACUUCGUGAUAUCCUUGUAUCCGGACUACUGGCACGGGCCUAUGGCGCACGGCUACUUCUUCCGGUACGCGGGCAUGGCGCUUGCGUUCGGCAUGCACGGCGCCGUGUGCAAUACCACCAAACUGUACUGCCUGUCGGUCGCACUGGUGGUGGCUGUGGUGCUGUAUGGCUGGCUAGAGUGGCGGCUGCAGCUGACCGGCAAGCGGCGGCGGACCGCCAACCGUUCGUCAUGACGGCAGAUCGGAGUCGCGUCCGGCAAGUAGCCCGCUGCCGCCAGCGACUCGUGUCCGCGAUCCAAAUGACCAAUGAUCGUGCGCCUCCCCGCCGCUAAUCCGAAGACUCGCAUCGUGUCCCUGCACCUGCAGCCACCAUCACCGCCGCCUCCGCCGCCGCCGCCGUCGUUGUCGUCAACCGUCAUCGUCUGCGGCAAUCCAGUGCCGGAUUUAGCGUAUGGAGGGAGUUGGUGCAGGGAGUGCACUGUAGGCCUCGAGGCUGAGGUCGAUGUCUUAGAUUUUCUGAAUUUCGAAAGUUCACAAUUAAAUUAAAAAUAUCGAAUAAUGGUCGAGAAAAAAGUAUUUCGACAAAUCGUCCAAACCCGCAUUUAUGUUAAGCUGUUAUAUGUGGACCCUAAUUGUGACUCGAUUUAAAGAAACACUCGAGCUACAAGAUUCUUACCUACCUAUGUGACCUGCUAUGAUUUGAAAUGUUAUCCUUUUUAAAUCCAUCUUCGUUUUUUCCAAAUGCCAAAAAAAUAAAAUAUGAUUGACGCAUAUAAUGACUGAUUUUUUCCCCAAUAAUUUUAGUUGUUACACCCUGGCCUUCCGAGAUACUAUCCGGCACUGACCGCACCGCAAAUAUUAUAUUUUAUUAUUUGCGCACCACGUGUUGCAGAGCACAGUGACGUCUCACCGAAUUAAAAUAUUCACAAUAUUAUAUAAUAUCUGCCCAUAAUAUUAUUAUUAGCUGCAAUAGAUCUGUACAAAGCAAAUGAACAACUUAUUGUCCACGCUGACCAUUGAUAUAAUAUGUAUUAUUAUUACCUACGUUAUAUAUUUUUAUAUAAGCGUAUUUGUUGUUGAUUUUUUUUUAACGGGACCUAUAUAUAUAUAUAUGUGUGUGUGUAUAAAAUAUUCGUCUUGAUAUUGAAAUAAUGUUGCGUAUAAAUUAUAUACAGAGUGGUUUUUUUUUUUAUUUCUUUAAACGUGCCACUCGUAAAAUAUAAAAAAAUCAAAAAUCUACUUGAUUUGCAUUUAUUUACGGUAUGCACUCACUACCGGUUAACAUCAACAAUAACGGCAAACGUAAAAUUUGUUAAGAAAAUAAAAGGAUCGUCAAACUAAAAUACAGUUUUAUAAACGAUUAAAAAUGUUAUACAAUCCAAACAAACAUUUAUGAAAUAUUAAGUAUUCUGAAAUGACGAGUGGUUGUUUAAAAUAAAUCACACUGUAUAAUACAUACCUAUCAUAAAAUGUAUACACAACGCAAUGUUUCACAUGAAUGUGAUUACGUUCAUUCUUAAAUACUCGAUCAGCUGAUGAUAAACGAUUUUGCGUUAAAACUGCGAGUUAUUAUAAAUAUUAUUCGUAGAAUUGGACAUUCCAUUGCUACUUCUUAUAUUUCAUAAACAAAUGGGACUUUGAAAUUCCACGCAUUGAAUAGACACUAAUCCGCCCAUUACACUUACGGAAACUCGUGCUAUACUUGAAUAUAGAAUAUAAUCAUAAUUCAAGUUAUGGCCGUUAUGUGCGUAUGUUUCUUAGAUCUGAGUAAAAAUUUACCCCCCUCCCACCCAACAAUUAUUAAAAUAUAACAGUUAUUUACUGAUUUUAUAGUAUCAUGUCUUUCUUUAACUCAACACUGUACUUGAUGUAAUUUAUUAAUUAAAUUAAUACGAAAUACUUGAUUAACGUGUAUUGAGUUAUUAAAUGUAUUUAAAUUUUAAAUCAAUAAUUGGUUUUGAUUCGUUACAAAAAUUGAAUAAGUUUAUUUUGUGUUAGAUGUGGAAUUUUGUAAAUUCCGAAUUGUUCUAUUUUAAUGUCCUGCAUAUCUUUAAAAACUUAACAGAACGUAUUAUAUA